AUGGACCCUGUGAGAAGUUCCCAAACCUUUUCUCUGUCCUGGUCCAAGCGUGAUCAUGACAGUAGAAUUGGAGAUCAUUUUGAAGAUGCCAGUCAAUCAGCUACUAAAAUGUCUCUGUGCCUUUUCCUGUGCUUUCCAAUGUCCUUACUUCUUGAGGAAGAUGAAGCUUCCCCGCCCAGUGCCCUGCCUCCAGGUCUGGGUAGUCGGGCCCUGGAGAGAAAAGAUUCAGAAUGGUCACUUGGUGAGUCGCCCGCCGGUGGAGAGGAACAAGACAAGCAGAAUGCCAACUCUCAGCUGUCCACCCUGUUUGUUGAGAAACCUCAAACAGGAUCAGUGAAAGUUGGUGCCAACAUCACCUUUAUAGCCAAAGUGAAGGCUGAAGAUCUUCUCAGGAAACCCACCGUGAAGUGGUUCAAAGGGAAAUGGAUGGAUCUGGCCAGCAAAGCUGGGAAGCACCUCCAGCUGAAGGAAACAUUCGAGAGGCAAACUCGGAUCUACACAUUUGAGAUGCAGAUCAUCAAGGCCAAAGAGAACUAUGCAGGCAACUACAGAUGUGAGGUCACCUACAAGGACAAGUUUGACAGCUGUUCCUUUGAUCUGGAAGUGCAUGAAUCUACUGGGACUACUCCAAACAUUGACAUCAGAUCUGCCUUCAAGAGAAGUGGAGAAGGUCAAGAGGAUGCAGGGGAACUUGACUUUAGUGGGCUCCUGAAACGUAGGGAGGUGAAGCAGCAGGAGGAGGAGCCCGAGGUCGACGUCUGGGAGCUGCUGAAGAACGCGAACCCCAACGAGUACGAGAAGAUCGCCUUCCAGUAUGGCAUCACCGACCUGCGCGGCAUGCUCAAGCGCCUCAAGAAGAUGCGCAGGAAGGAGAAGAAGAGCGCAGCCUUUGCAAAAAUUCUAGAUCCUGCAUACCAGGUUGAUAAGGGAGGCAAAGUCAGAUUUGUUGUGGAGCUGGCAGACCCCAAGCUUGAAGUGAAAUGGUAUAAAAAUGGUCAAGAAAUUCGACCCAGCACAAAAUACAUCUUUGAACACAAAGGAUGUGAAAGAAUUAUGUUUAUCAAUAACUGUUCACUAACAGAUGACUCAGAGUACUACGUCACAGCUGGGGAUGAGAAAUGCUCCACUGAACUCUUUGUAAGAGAGCCUCCAAUUAUGGUAACCAAGCAGCUGGAAGACUCAACUGCUUACUGUGGAGAGAGAGUGGAGCUGGAAUGUGAAGUGUCUGAGGACGAUGCAAAUGUGAAAUGGUUUAAGAAUGGUGAAGAGAUCUUCCCUGGUCCAAAGUCAAGGUACAAAAUUAAAGUGGAGGGCAAAAAGCACAUCUUGAUCAUCGAAGGCGCAACAAAGGCCGACAGCGCGGAGUACUCUGUCAUGACGACGGGAGGACAGUCAUCUGCCAAGCUGAGCGUUGACUUGAGACCUCUGAAGAUUACAACACCUCUGACUGAUCAGACUGUAAAACUUGGAAAAGAAAUAUGUUUGAAGUGUGAAAUCUCUGAAGACAUACCAGGAAAAUGGACUAAAAAUGGCCUCCCUGUUCAGGAAAGUGACCGUCUAAAGGUUGUUCACAAAGGAAGAAUCCACAAAUUAGUCAUAGCCAAUGCUCUUACUGAAGAUGAAGGUGAUUAUGUAUUUACACCAGAUGCCUACAAUGUUACAUUGCCUGCCAAAGUUCACGUUAUUGAUCCUCCUAAGAUCAUCCUGGACGGUCUUGAUGCGGACAACACAGUGACUGUGAUAGCAGGAAGCAAACUUCGUCUUGAGAUCCCUGUCACCGGGGAGCCUCCUCCCAAGGCCAUUUGGAGCCGAGCAGAUAAGGCAAUUAUGGAAGGCAGUGGCCGGAUCAGGGCAGAAUCUUACCCUGAUAGCAGCACGCUGGUCAUUGAUGUGGCUGAAAGAGAUGACUCUGGUAUCUACAACAUCAAUCUGAAAAACGAAGCUGGAGAGGCGCACGCAAGCAUCAAGAUCAAAGUUGUGGACAUCCCUGAUCCUCCAGUGGCACCAAAUGUGACAGAUGUGGGAGAUGACUGGUGCAUCAUGAACUGGGAGCCUCCAGCCUAUGAUGGAGGGUCUCCAAUCUUAGGAUACUUCAUUGAAAGGAAGAAGAAACAGAGCUCUAGGUGGAUGAGGUUGAACUUUGACCUCUGCAAAGAAACAACUUUUGAGCCCAAGAAGAUGAUUGAAGGUGUGGCCUAUGAGGUCCGCAUCUUCGCAGUCAAUGCCAUUGGUAUCUCCAAGCCCAGCAUGCCGUCCAAGCCCUUUGUUCCUUUGGCUGUGACCAGCCCUCCCACACUCCUGGCUGUUGACUCUGUCACUGACUCAUCUGUGACAAUGAAGUGGAGACCCCCAGACCAGAUUGGAGCUGCAGGUUUAGAUGGCUAUGUGCUAGAGUAUUGCUUUGAAGGAAGUGAGGACUGGGUAGUUGCAAACACUGAUCUGAUUGACAAGACCAAGUUCACCAUCACGGGUCUACCCACGGACGCAAAGAUCUUCGUGCGCGUGAAAGCUAUUAACGCAGCCGGGGCGAGCGAGCCCAAAUACUACUCUCAGCCCAUUCUCGUGAAGCAGAUCAUAGAGCCUCCGAAGAUUCGCAUCCCGAGGCACUUGAAGCAAACCUAUAUCCGCAGAGUUGGAGAAGCCGUCAACCUGGUUAUACCUUUCCAGGGCAAACCAAAACCAGAAUUGAGCUGGAAGAAGGAUGGUCAAGAAAUUGAUAAGAAUCAAAUAAACAUUCGUAACUCUGAGACCGAUACAAUCAUAUUUAUCAGAAAAGCAGAGAGAAGCCAUUCUGGGAAGUAUGAUCUGCAGGUCAAAGUGGAAAAAUACGUGGAAAGUGCAUCCAUUGACAUCCAGAUUGUUGACCGCCCAGGGCCUCCUCAAGCUGUGAACAUUGAAGAUGUCUGGGGGGAGAAUGUUGCCCUGACGUGGACACCACCGAAAGACGACGGCAACGCGGCCAUCACGGGGUACACCAUCCAGAAGGCGGACAAGAAGAGCAUGGAAUGGUUCACCGUCAUUGAACAUUACCACCGAACCAACGCCACCAUUACUGAACUAGUCAUAGGAAACGAAUACUAUUUCCGGGUCUUUGCCGAAAACAUGUGUGGCCUGAGCGAGGAUGCGACAAUGACUAAGGAGAGUGCUGUGAUUGCCAAGGAUGGUAAAAUCUACAAAAAUCCAGUGUACAACGACUUUGAUUUCACAGAGGCACCCAUGUUUACUCAACCUUUGGUUAACACCUAUGCGAUAGCUGGUUACAACGCCACCCUGAACUGCAGUGUGAGAGGAAACCCUAAGCCCAAAAUCACCUGGAUGAAAAACAAAGUGGCUAUUGUGGAUGACCCAAGAUACAGGAUGUUCAGUAACCAGGGCGUCUGUACCCUGGAAAUCCGUAAGCCCAGCCCUUAUGAUGGAGGCACUUACUGCUGCAAAGCUGUCAAUGAACUUGGGACAGUGGAGAUUGAGUGCAAACUGGAGGUGAAAGGUGGGCUGUCCUUCUGCAGGCUCCUCUUACAAGGUGUGCCUCCAAACAUAAUUGAUUCGUAUUUGCGAGACUUACAAUCAAGCAAUCCUGAGGAAUACUGAGGGCCGGCCGGCCAGGCGCUGCCUCCUAACAUCGCUGCUUUGCAAUCUCAUUGGAAAGAGAAAGCCUUUUCUGGUUUUCUACACAAGGCCCCAGAAUGUGACCAUUUCCUUUCCUCCUAAUACUAAA